AUGGCGGCGGCGACGGAGGUGGCGCCAGUUCAGCAGCGGAGCCAUGCGGCGGCAGGGUGGAGGGUGGUGGCCGGGUGGCUCGGCCUGCUCUUCCAGAUCCUGCUCCGGAUCAUCCGCAGCACGCCCUCCUCCUGGGCGCAGCUCCUCUCCUUCGUGGGCCUGCGCCACCCGCUCCUCCCAGUCGCCGCGUCGCCUGAGGUGGCCUUCGUGCAGCUCCCAUCCGAGGCCCCUGCUGACGCGUCGCCUCCGCCGCUCCGGCGGCUCACGGUGGUGCUUGACUUGGAUGAGACUUUAGUUUGCGCGUACGAGUCCUCGAGCCUUCCUGCUACUCUGCGCACACAGGCUGUUGAAGCAGGAUUGCAUUGCUUUGACAUGGAAUGCGAAUCGGCUGAAAAGGAUCCUGAUGGAAGGCAGAGGAUAAAUCGUGUAACUGUCUUUGAGCGUCCUGGCUUACAUGAAUUUUUGCAGCGAACUAGCGAAUUUGCUGAUCUUGUUCUCUUUACAGCUGGUUUGGAAGGCUAUGCAAAACCUCUAGUUGACAGGAUAGAUGCUCACAACAGAUUCACUCACCGUCUCUAUCGGCCAUCAACUGUUACUACGGAAUACAGAGAGCAUGUAAAAGAUCUUUCUUGUUUGUCCAAAGAUUUCCAGAGAAUUGUCCUUGUUGAUAACAAUCCAUACAGUUUUUUACUGCAACCAUUGAAUGGAAUACCAUGUAUAACAUUUUCAGCUGGACAACCUGUUGACGAUCAGCUUAUGGGAACGAUAUUUCCGCUUCUCGAGCACCUUGCUCUGCAAAAAGAUGUUAGACCUGCAUUGUAUGAAACGUUUCACAUGCCAGAGUGGUUUCAAAGACAAGGAAUCCCACAAAUUGAACAGGCACUUUAG